CAGCGGCUGCUCCCUCGCUGGCUGCAGGAGGAGAACGAGCCGCAGCGGCCGUGCCAAGGGACCAGCCCCCCUGCAAAGCCCGAUGCGAGUGGCCUGCCCGGGGCUUGCAGCGUGAAGAGCCGCCCUCAGUGUCCCUCCCCGGCGCCCCUUCUCCGCGCCCGCCUUGCAAGAUGCCCAGCAGCCCGGGCUGGCCGCUGCUGCUCCUCGCCCUGGUCGUGGGGGCCGGGGCGCACGGCGAGCAGCCCAGGACGACCAAAGCCAGGCGGCAAGCGCAGCAGAUCGCCCAGCCGCCCGUGCCAAGCAGCCAGAAUAAACAGGGCUGUUAUGACAAUGGGAGACAUUAUCAGAUAAACCAACAAUGGGAACGCACUUACCUGGGGAGAAUGCUUGUCUGUACCUGCUAUGGGGGGAGCAGAGGCUUUAACUGCGAAAGCAAGCCCGAACUUGAAGAAACGUGUUUCGACAAAUACACUGGAUCUACCCAUCGGGUCGGGGAGACUUAUGAGCGCCCCAAGGACUCCAUGAUCUGGGAUUGUACCUGCAUCGGGGCUGGCCGGGGGAGGAUAGCCACGGUUGCGAACCGGUGCCACGAGGGCGGCCAGUCCUACAAGAUUGGCGACACCUGGCGCAGACCUCACGAGACAGGGGGUUACAUGCUCGAAUGCGUGUGUCUGGGCAACGGAAAAGGGGAGUGGACCUGCAAGCCUGUAGCUGAGAGGUGCUAUGACAACACGGCUGGCACAUCCUAUGUUGUCGGAGAGACCUGGGAGAAGCCCUACCAAGGGUGGAUGAUGGUGGAUUGCACUUGCUUAGGCGAAGGCAGCGGGCGAAUCACCUGUACCUCUCGCAAUCGGUGCAAUGAUCAGGACACCACGACUUCGUACAGAAUUGGAGAUACCUGGAGCAAGAAGGAUAACCGAGGAAACCUGCUUCAGUGCAUCUGCACCGGCAACGGCAGAGGCGAGUGGAAAUGUGAGAGGCACUCAGCUGUGCAAACCACUGGCAUUGGAUCCGGAUCCCCGACCUUCACAGAUGUACGAACAGCACUUUACCAGCCCCAGCCUCAGCCCCCGCCCUACGGCCACUGUGUCACCGACAGCGGGGUGGUGUACUCCAUUGGCAUGAAGUGGCUGAAGACGCAGGGCAGCCAGCAAAUGCUUUGCACUUGCCUGGGCAAUGGAGUCAGUUGCCAGGAGACAGCGGUGACCCAAACCUAUGGGGGCAAUUCCAAUGGGGAACCAUGUGUUCUGCCGUUCACCUAUGGAGGGAGGACCUUCUAUUCGUGUACCACCGAAGGGCGCUCAGACGGACACUUGUGGUGCAGCACAACCUCCAACUUCGAACAGGACAACAAAUACUCCUUUUGCACGGAACAGAAUGUUCUGGUCCAGACCCGGGGUGGCAACUCCAAUGGUGCCUUGUGCCACUUCCCCUUCCUGUAUAACAAUCGCAACUACACCGACUGCACGUCAGAGGGACGGAGAGACAACAUGAAGUGGUGCGGCACCACCCAGAACUAUGACGCUGACCAGAAGUUUGGCUUCUGCCCUAUGGCUGCCCAUGAGGAAAUCUGCACAACCAACGAAGGCGUCAUGUACCGUGUGGGAGACCAUUGGGACAAGCAGCACGACAUGGGCCACAUGAUGAAAUGCACGUGUGUCGGCAAUGGCCGCGGCGAAUGGACCUGCAUUGCCUACUCCCAGCUCAGAGACCAGUGUAUUGUUGAUGGCAUCACCUAUGAUGUCAACCAGACAUUCCACAAGCGUCAUGAAGAAGGACACAUGCUCAACUGUACCUGCUUUGGCCAGGGUCGUGGGAGAUGGAAAUGUGAUCCUGUCGACCAAUGCCAGGAUUCAGAAUCCCGGACCUUUUAUCAAAUCGGGGAUUCGUGGGAGAAGCACGUUCAUGGCGUUCGAUACCAGUGCUAUUGCUACGGCCGGGGAAUUGGAGAGUGGCAUUGUCAACCUCUGCAGGCCUUUCCGGGUGCUACCGGCCCUGUGCAAGUGAUAAUCACCGAGAGUGGCAGUCAUCCUAAUUCCCAUCCUAUCCAGUGGAACGCACCCGAAACCUCUCACAUUUCUCAGUACAUUCUCCGAUGGAGACCGAAAAACAAGAGAGCGCUUUGGAAAGAAGCCAUCAUCCCAGGUCACUUGAACUCCUAUACCAUCUCAGGGCUGAAACCUGGUGUGCAGUAUGAAGGGCAACUUGUCAGUGUGCAGCAGUAUGGACCCAAAGAGGUCACGCGCUUCGAUUUUACCACCACUCAUAUCACACCCAUUUCUACCAACACCCUUUCUGGCGAGACAACUCCUUUUUCUCCUGUGGUUGCCACGUCUGAGUCGGUCACCGAAAUCACAGCAAGCAGCUUUGUCGUCUCCUGGGUUUCCGCCUCUGACACCGUCUCAGGAUUCCGUGUUGAGUACGAACUUAGCGAGGAGGGGGCUGAGCCACAGUAUCUUGAUCUCCCGAGCACAGCCACCUCCGUGAACAUCCCAGAUUUGCUGCCUGGGCGCAAGUACAUCGUCAACGUCUACCAGAUCUCAGAAGAAGGGGAACAGAAUCUGAUCCUGUCUACUUCCCAGACAACAGCACCUGAUGCACCUCCCGAGCAUAAUGUGGACCGAGUCGAUGACACCUCGAUUGUCGUGAGCUGGAGCAGACCACAGGCCCCCAUCACAGGUUACAGAAUUGUCUAUACCCCCUCCAUGGAAGGCAGCAGUACUGAACUCAACCUGCCCGACACGGCUACCUCGGUGACCCUCAGCGACUUAAUGCCCGGGGUUCAGUAUAACAUCACCAUCUAUGCUGUGGAAGAAAACCAGGAGAGCACGCCCGUCUUCAUCCAGCAGGAAACCACCGGCGUCCCACAGAAAGAUGAUGUUCCUUCACCCAAGGACCUACAAUUUGUGGAAGUUUCCGAUGUCAAAAUCACCAUCAUAUGGACCCCACCCUCAAGCACAGUGUCUGGCUAUCGGGUGGACGUGAUCCCAGUUAACCGACCUGGAGUGCACGGACAGAAACUACCUGUUACCAGGAACUAUUUUGCUGAAGUCACUGACCUUUUACCUGGAACGACCUAUCUCUUCAAGGUCUUUACAGUGCUUCAGGGCAGGGAGAGCAAGCCAUUGACGGGAGAGCACACAACCAAACUUGAUGCUCCUACCAAUCUGAGGUUUGAGAACCUUACUGAUUCAGCAGUGUUAGUGGCCUGGACUCCGCCCCGCGCGCCUAUCACGGGGUACCAGUUGACUGCAGGUCCUACAAGAGGAGGCCAACCAAAGCAGUACAACGUGGUGCCAUCUGCCACCAACUACCAACUCAAGAACCUGCAGCCGGGCUCGGAGUACACAGUCUACCUCGUGGCACUGAAAGGCAACCAGCAAAGCAACCGACAAACUGGCAUCUUCACUACUUUGCAGCCCAUGAGCUCCAUCCCUCCCUAUAGCACCGAAGUGACAGAAACGUCUAUUGUUGUUACCUGGACACCUGCGCCAAGGAUUGGCUUCAAGCUGGGUGUGCGACCGAGUCAAGGUGGAGAAGCCCCCCGGGAGGUGACAUCUGAGUCUGGGAGCAUUGUUAUCUCUGGCCUGACUCCUGGAGUGGAGUAUGUCUACAGCAUUUCCGUCCUGAUGGACGGCCAGGACAGAGACACGCCGAUCGUCAAACGAGUAACUACACCUCUGUCCCCACCAACGAACCUGCAUCUGGAGCCGAACCCUGACACUGGAAUUUUGACUGUCUCUUGGGAUAGAAGCACAACUCCAGGGGUUACUGGGUACAGAGUUACCACCGUUCCUACCAGCGGGCAGCAGGGUUACACCCUGGAGGAAGUGGUCAGUGCCGAGCAGACUUCCUGCAUCUUCGAAAACCUGAGCCCCGGCCUGGAGUACAAUGUCAGUGUUUAUUCUGUCCAGGACAACAAGGAAAGCAUCCCCAUCUCCAAAACCAUCACGCAAGAGGUGCCUCAGCUCACUGACCUAAGCUUUGUUGACAUAACUGAUACCAGCAUCGGCCUGAGGUGGACCCCGCUAAAUGCCUCCACCAUUAUUGGUUACCGCAUCACGGUAGUUGCGGCGGGAGACAGUGUCCCUAUUUUUGAAGAUUUUGUGGACUCCUCAGUAGGAUACUACACGGUGACAGGCCUGGAGCCGGGCAUUGAUUACGACAUCAGCGUAAUCACACUCAUUAAUGGCGGAGAGAGCGCCCCCACCACUCUGACACAGCAAACGGCUGUUCCUGCUCCGACGGAUCUGCGCUUCACCAACGUGAGGCCCGAUACCAUGCGGGUAACCUGGACCCCUCCAGUCUCCAUAGAACUGACCAGUUUCCUGGUGCGUUACUCACCUGUGAAGAAAGAGGACGAUGUUGCUGAGCUCACCAUUUCACCCUCCGACAACAUGGUGGUCUUAACAAAUCUGCUGCCUGGCACUGAAUAUCUGGUGAAGGUCUACAGUGUCUAUGAGCAGCAUGAGAGCACUGCUCUGACUGGCGUGCAGAAAACAGGUCUUGAUUCUCCAACUGGCAUUGACUUUUCGGAUAUAACUGCCAACUCUUUCACUGUGCACUGGAUUGCUCCUCGCGCCGCCAUCACCGGCUCCAAAAUUCGCCACCAUCUGGAGCAGGGCGGCGGUCGGCCCAAAGAAGACCGCGUGCCACCGUCUCGGAAUUCCAUCACCCUCACCAACCUGGUGCCAGGCUCGGAGUACGUGGUCAGCAUAAUUGCUGUCAAUGGCAAAGAGGAGAGCUUGCCUUUGGUUGGCCAGCAAACUACAGUGUCCGACGUUCCCCGGGACGUGGAAGUUACUGCCACUGGCCCCACCAGUCUGGUGAUUUCCUGGGAUGCGCCUGCAGUUACUGUGAGAUACUACAGGAUCACCUAUGGUGAAACAGGAGGCAGUGGCCCUAUCCAGGAGUUUACCGUGCCGGGCACCUCGUCCACUGCCACCAUCAGCGACCUGAAGCCCGGAGCAGACUAUACCAUCACCAUGUAUGCAGUGACCGGCCGUGGAGACAGCCCUGCCAGCAGCAAGCCAGUCACCGUCACGUACAAAACAGAGAUCGACACGCCGUCCCAGCUGCAAGUGACCGACGUUCAGGAUAACAGCAUCAGUGUCAGAUGGCUGCCUUCGACUUCUCCGGUCACGGGCUACCGAGUGACAACCGUCCCCAAGGAUGGCCAUGGGCCUGUGAAAAGCAAAAACGUCCCAGCAGAUCAAACGCAAACCACCAUCGAGGGCCUGCAGCCCACAGUCGAGUAUGUGGUUAGUGUCUACGCUCAGAGUCAAAACGGAGAGAGCCUCCCGCUGGUUGAGACGGCCAUCACCAACAUUGACCGCCCUAGAGGACUGACAUUCACGGAGGUGGAUGUCGAUUCCAUCAAAAUUGCUUGGGAAAGCCCCCAAGGGCAAGUCACCAGCUACAGGGUGACCUACUCAAGCCCUGAGGAUGGAAUCCGUGAGCUAGUGCCCGCCCCCGAUGGUGAAGACGACACUGCUGAGCUGCAUGGCCUCAGGCCCGGUUCGGAGUACACUGUCACCAUCGUUGCCUUGCACGAUGACCUGGAGAGCCAGCCCCUGACCGGGACCCAGUCCACAGCAAUUCCUCCACCCACAAACCUGCAGUUUGUUCAGGUAACUCCCACCAGCCUGAAAGUCAACUGGAAUGCGCCCAGUGUUCGUCUCACUGGCUACAGAGUGCGAGUGAAUCCCAAGGAAAAGACGGGGCCCAUGAAAGAAAUCAACCUCUCCCCAGACAGCACGUUUGCUGUUGUGUCAGGAUUAAUGGUGGCAACCAAGUAUGAAGUCAGUGUGUACGCUCUGAAGGACUCUCUGACUAGCACGCCGGCCCAUGGUGUGGUCACCACCCUUGAGAACAUCAGCCCUCCCCGCAGGGCCCGUGUGACAGACGCUACCGAGACGACCAUCACAAUCACCUGGCGCACUAAGACCGAGACCAUCACCGGUUUCCAGGUGGAAGCCGUGCCGGCAGAUGGCCAGAGCCCCAUUCAACGGACCAUCACUCCUGAUGUUAGAACCUACACCAUCACCGGCUUGCAACCAGGCACGGACUACAAGAUCUACCUUUACACCAUGAAUGAGAAUGCCCGCAGUUCCCCUUUCGUGAUUGAUGCUUCCACCGCCAUCGAUGCGCCUUCCAACCUGCGGUUCCUCACAACCACAAGCAACUCCCAGCUGAUUACUUGGCAGCCGCCCCGGGCCCAGAUCACAGGUUACAUCAUCAAAUACGAGAGACCUGGCGCACAGCCCAAGGAGCUGAUCCCACGCCCUCGCGCCGGCACCACGGAGGCCACUCUCACCGGUCUGGAGCCAGGAAUUGAAUAUACCAUCUACAUCAUCGCUGUGAAGAAUGCUCAAAAGAGCGAGCCACUGGUUGGCAGGAAAAAGACAGACGAGCUCCCGAAGCUGGUAACCCUGCCGCAUCCCAACCAAGGUGGACCGGAGAUUCUGGACGUGCCUUCCACCGUGGAGAGGACACCUUAUCUCACCAACAGGUUUGACAAUGGAAACGGUAUCCAACUUCCAGGCACCAGUGGCCAGCAAACGCUAGGAAACCAGGGACAACAAGUCUUUUUUGAGGAACACGGCUUUAGAAGGACCACCGCUCCCACCACGGCGACCCCCAUUCGGCACCGGCCGGGCCUGCAGACCCCAGAUGUGGAUGAAGAGAUUGACCUUGGUAACAGGUACUCAAUACAGAGAGUGGACUUGGUUCAGCCUUCAUUCCCUCACUCACUAGGGCCCAGGCGCAAUGACACUACAGGCCAGGAAGCUCUCUCUCAAACAACCAUCUCUUGGAGGCCCCUGCUGGAGAGCACUGAAUACGUCAUCUCCUGCCAGCCAGUGGGCACUGAUGAAGAACCUUUACAGUUCAGAGUUCCUGGAACUUCCUCGUCUGCUACACUGACCGGCCUCACCCGCGGGGCCACUUACAACAUCAUCGUGGAGGCAUUGAAAGAUCGCAGGAGGCACAAGGUGUUGGAAGAGGUCGUCACCGUAGGCAAUGCGGUGUCUGAAGGUGUGAACCAGCCAUCCGACGACACCUGCUACGACACAUACACUGGCUCCUUCUACUCCAUCGGCGAGGAAUGGGAGCGGCUGUCUGAUACGGGCUUCAAACUCUGGUGCCAAUGUUUAGGCUUUGGCAGUGGUCACUUCAGAUGUGACUCCUCUAAAUGGUGCCAUGAUAACGGAGUGAGCUACAAGAUCGGGGAGAAGUGGGACCGCCAGGGCGAGACUGGCCAGAUGAUGAGCUGCACAUGUCUUGGCAACGGAAAAGGAGAAUUCAAGUGUGACCCACAUGAGGCCACGUGCUAUGACGAUGGGAAGAUGUACCACGUAGGAGAACAGUGGCAGAAAGAAUACCUGGGUGCUAUCUGCUCCUGUACUUGUUACGGAGGACAGCAGGGCUGGCGUUGUGACAACUGCCGCAGACCUGGUGCGGAGGCGGCCCCCGACGGCACUGCUGGCCACUCCUACACGCAGUUUUCACAGAGAUACCACCAGAGCACAAAUACUAAUGUCAAUUGCCCGAUUGAGUGCUUCAUGCCCUUGGAUGUGCAGGCCGACAGACAACAUCGACCGGGAAAGUAACUCCCAGUAAGUCUUACAACACCGACCCAAACUGAUCAAGGUGACCAUCCAAACUGGGGUGAUGCUUGCAAAACCAGAUCUUCGAGAACGUCCUUCUGCUCCAGAGUCACUUACCCAGCUUAAGCUCAAACUCACAGCUUCUCCAAGCAUCAUGCUUGGACUGUUUCAGACUUUUCUCAGUGUAUUGUCUCUUUUCUCAGUGUUCAAUACCAUUCAGUAUUUUCAAAUGAAAGACGCUAAAUUGGGAAUUGGUUGGAGAUCAAAAUAAUACCAGUAGAGUGUGGAGGGGGAACAAAUGGGACAGAAUGCCCCCAUGCCAUGCAAACAAAUUAAUGAGAAUGACUCUACAGGAAAGUACACUGCACACUUUGUUUCCACCAAUGUGUGCGGCCAGCAAUAAUCUAGUGACUGCAUACUCCAUCACUGUGAUACUUAAAAUAUGCACAGUCCUAAUUCUUUCUAAAUGAUCCUAUUAUUUUUCUAGCUGUAUCUUUGUAUCUCAUACUGUUAUUUAUCAAUUUUGUUCCCCGUCCCUCAAGUGUUUUUAUAUGAGGAAAAAAAUGCAUUGACAUUUAGUAUGCAGUUGACAGAGGAAUUGGGUGUAAUUAUGAUCGGUGAUUAUUUUUAUACUGUAAGUGCCAAAGCUCUACUACUGUGGAAAGACAACUCUUUUAAUAAAAAGAUUUACAAACCAA